GGACUUUACUUCCUCUUCUGCUUGAUCGUAGCACUUACAGUCAUUGUAGACAUUUUUAAUGGUGCCAAAAGAUUCCGGACAUAAGGCGCAGAAUGAGAACAGUUCUCAUGUGAAAAUCAAGAUUUUCUUGAGUAAUACCACGUUUUCAUAUUGACGUGAGGAUCUCCCAUCACAACCACUGUGUGUGAACGCCAUGCCGUUGGUGACCCGCAACAUCGAGCCUCGGCAUCUCUGCCGACAGACCCUCCCCGAUGCCAUCAAGAGUGAGCUGGAAUGCGUGACCAACAUCACCCUCGCCAACAUCAUCCGACAGCUGGGCAGUCUGAGUAAGUACGCAGAGGAUGUUUUCGGGGAGCUCUUCAUCCAGGCCAGCACCUUUGCCGUGCGGGUCAACACCCUGGGCGAGAGGGUGGACCGGCUGCAGGUCAAAGUCACCCAGCUGGACCCUAAAGAGGAGGAAGUUUCCCUCCAGGCCAUCACAACUCGGAAGGCGUUCCGCAGCAACGUGACUCAGGACCAGCAGCUCUUCAUCCGACCAUCCCUACCCCUCCCAGUGCAGGAGACGUACCUCACCUGUGAUGAGCCACCGCCCCUCAACAAUCUCAGCAUGUACAGGGAGGAUGGUAAAGAGGCUCUGAAGUUUUACACUGACCCCUCAUACUUCUUCGACCUGUGGAAGGAGAAGAUGCUGCAGGACACCAAGGACAUUAUGAAGGAGAGGCGCAAGCACAGGAAGGAGAAGAGGGACAACCCGAACCGGGGCAACAUGAACCCACGGAAGAUCAAGACCCGCAAGGAGGAGUGGGAGCGGCGCAAGUGGGGCGAGGAGUUUGUGGUCCCCAAGCACGACGGGAGCGACGCGCUGAACGGCAGUAUCAGCUCUGGAGACGGGAUGGCCCCCAUGGGCUCAGACGGGUACCUGGACCAGAGCCAGGGCUCCUACUCCUUCGAUUCGGGCUCGCCCCUGCCCCCUCCCAUGGUGGACGACUUCCUGCCCCCCCCACCCCCGGACAUGACGUAUGAUGGACAGAGAGGAGCUCAAAACCAGAAGCGCAUAAGCACGCUGAGCCCCACCCACCCUCCUCCUGCCCCGCCCGUAGCCUCCUCACUUCCGGGCUCCCGUCCCAACCUGUCUCCUCCCCCCGCCCCCCCUCCCCCACCCCCCUGUGGCAUGGAUGUGCCUCCGCCUCCGCCGGGAUUCGAUUCUCCGCCCUCCCCCCCUCUGGCCGCCCCCUGCUCCUUCCCUUCUCCCCCGGCCCCGCCUCCUCCUCCCUCUAUGGAUCCUGGGGUCCCCGCCCCUCCCCCGUCCCUGCCCCCCGGCGGGCCACCCCCUCCUCCCCCUCCUCCUCCUCCUCCCGGGCCACCCCCUCCUUCCUUUGGCCCACCGCCGCCCUCCUCUGGCGGGGCUCCGCCCCCCCCGAAAGCUCAGCCGGCCCCCGAGGACGACCCACGCAGCGACCUGCUGCAGGCCAUCCGCCAAGGGUUCAACCUGCGGAAGGUGGAGGAGCAGAGGGAGCAGGAGAAGCGCGACCACGUGGGGAACGAUGUGGCGGCCAUUUUGUCGAGGCGUAUCGCCGUGGAGUGCAGCGACUCGGAGGAUGACUCAUCCGAGUUUGACGACGAAGAGUGGUCCGACUGAGUUCCUCUUCCUCAUCGUUCACCCUCUUACAGUGCUCCCAUCUUCCCCUCCCUUUCUCACCCCUUCCAGUGUUAAUCUGACCAUUGUUUCAUAAACAGGCAAUUUCUAUUGACAAAUAGGGGUCCAAAGUGUGUGUGUGCGUGCGCGCGCGUGUGUGUGUGCGUGUCCCUGUAUGUGUGCUUGGGUUAAUUCCAGCUCUGUUGCUGCUGUUUGAUGUGGUUGUUGUAGCAGCAGCUCCUCUCUGAGCAUGAAUUAUUUAGGGCUCCAGCAGUGGCUGUGUUCAGACAUAACCCCUCCCACCCCCGAGCCUGUGUGAGGCAGAGCCCAGAGCUGCUCCUCCCCCCAGCCGAGAGCCUUGAUCGCAUUACAUCAUGCCUGUCGCAUGAAGUAUUCAUGCCUUCUCAGCACAGCUCUGUCUCCCAGCCAGAGAUGAAAGGGAGAUUUGUGUGUUUGGGUGUGUGUGUGUGUGUGCGCGCGCUCGUGUAUGCAUGUGUGUGUGUGUGUGUGUGUGUGCGCUCGUGUAUGCGUGUGUGUGUGUGUGCUCGUGUAUGCGUGUGUGUGUGCGUGAGCGUGUGUGUGUGUGCGCGCACCCACGCGUGUGUCUGCCUGCGUGUGCGUGCAUGUGGGUUGGUUUUAGUGCUUGGAUGCUGACAGUCUGAGAUUUCUGUUGUAUCCAGUGCCUCAAAUGUCUUGUUCACCUCUUGACCUGAGUGCAUCUUGCCAGUGGUGUGAUGUCCACUCUGUCAGUGUCUAUUCUUUAUCCAAGCCAUAGCACAGCAGUACUGCAAUACUGUCAUGUUUAAUCAUUUUUAAUAUAAUCAAGUUUACUGUGUAUUCUCUGGUGUAUCCAAUCAUCCAAUCCUGUUUGUUUCUAAUCUUUUCCCGGUUUCCCUGUUGUCCUUGCUGUGAAAAGCAAGAAAGGUCCAAACAAUGUUGCUGUUGUGUGUUGUGAACAUUACGUGCAAUGCUGAUGACUGUACAUGUCAUAUAGUGUGGGGGUUUUGUAUGGGGAGGGUGCAUUGUGGACACCUCAUAUUGACACAGUGCUCUCAUCAUGUUGUCACAUUUGUGGCAAGGUUUGUGGCAUUGGUUUCCUCCGCUGUAGCUAUAGCAUGAGCUGUUGUCUCUGCUGCAGAGCCUAAUUAUGGAAGCCAUCUUAAGAGGGAGCACAGUGCUAUAUCCGUAUAUCUUAACAUGAAUUACUAAUAAUAUUGAUUUUGUAUGUCGAUCAAUCGGUGAACUGGAGAGUUGGAAGAGCAUAGUGCAUUAUGGGAAGCUGGGGGUAAUCUUUGCAGUUUGUGGCAGUGCUUGCUGUCUGAAUGCAAAUAUUAACAGUGUGGUAGGUCAAAAACAAUGAUUUAAUGAUUAAAUCCAGAAACCUUUUUUUUUUUUUGCUUUAAAGUAUCAUGGUGAAGUUAACGAGCCUUUGCCAGUCUUCAAAUCUGAUCCUUGUUUCAGAGCUGCCCAUCAGGGUGAGAGAGGUGAAUGACAGACUGAAUAAAUUAAAUGGUUA